AUGAAUGAACUCCGGAUGGGUACAACAGGGACGCUCAAAGAUGUAAUCAGAUUAGGUGAGGACAUGCCUGAUUGGGUGAUAAGCUUGAGAACACCGUAUUAUCUUGUUGAGACGGCUAUUGGUCCACUUCCUUUCCCUACCAUUUUUCGUGUGUGA